ACAUAGCACAAAAAAAUAUUUUUUGAAACGAGUAUGAGAGCUAAAAGUUAGAAGUCCAUUAACCCUGAAAUCGUAGAACGAUGUCAGGCGAAAGCGUGUGUUGAAGAAUGAACCGGAUCCGCUGAUGUUGUAUGCGAUUAAAAACAGUUAUCGCCAGUGUAUGUGUGAGUCCAUGUUUGGUGGACAUUACGCGGGUCAUUUUUAUCUUCUUGUAUCAGUUUAACUUGUUUGGUAAAGUGUGCCUAAUUACCUUUUAUUUUAAAGUGCAGCGGAAAAGAGAUAAGUUGGAUGCCCGUCGUCAUUGUGAAUCUACUCGAGGAAAGCACAUCAUCAGAUAGACGCUGCGAUGGCAACUUCAUCGGUAAUCGCCAACAAUAACACAGCAAUUAACACAUCACAGGGUGCUCCAGGCUCUAGCUCCAGCUCCAGCUCUAGCUCUAGCUCCUCCACCACGACAUUGACCACACGUAAACGUACCUACGAGACGUCCAUCGGCAUGCCAGCACCAAUAAUUGUUGCUGUAGCUCCAGCAGCUUCUGCGCCAAAUCAUUCAUCUUCUUCUUCCCAUUCGCAUCCACAUCGCACAAGUCCGCGUUUGGAGAGUAUCAAAGUGGUGGGAUCAACUAUGACGUCGGCGGCGGCGGCGGCGGCGGAGGCAACGGCAACGGCGAAACCAACAGCAACAACAGUAACAACAACAAGUAGUGAGCCAUCCACAUCGGCCAUCACAUUGAGGGACUCAACACGAACAAUUUCUCAAAGCGAUGCAGAUGAUGGCAUCGAAGCCGGCGCUGCAGCAGCGGAGGCGGAUUUUCAAGUCGCAGGCGCCUCUUCCGUAGCGGAUUACCUUAAUGGCGGCGGAGUCAAACGCAAAUAUGUACCACAACAACAACGAACCAUUACACAGAUUCCAGUUCCCAUUGCAAUAACAGUUCCAGCCUCCAUCAACAAAUCCCAACAGAAAUUCUUCAAUGGCAGCGGCACAGCCGAUUUGGCGACCAUUUGCAAACCAGCUCCGUUUGCCUGUGAUGAGGAAGCAAUGGUGGAACGCCAACGCUGCGAUUAUACGCAACGAAUUACUUAUCAAAUGGCACGAUCUGGUCAGACGCCGCGCAGGGUGCGGGUGUAUGCCGAUGGCAUCUAUGAUCUAUUCCAUCAGGGUCAUGCGCGACAACUGAUGCAGGCAAAGAACAUCUUUCCCAAUGUCUAUCUUAUUGUGGGAGUGUGCAAUGAUGAGCUCACUCAUCGCAUGAAGGGACGCACUGUGAUGAAUGCUUUCGAACGUUACGAAGGAGUGCGUCAUUGUCGUUAUGUGGAUGAGAUUGUUCAGGAUGCUCCCUGGACUUUAUCUGAUGAGUUCAUUGCCGAGAAUAAGAUUGAUUUUGUGGCCCACGAUGAUUUACCCUAUGGCCAUGAUGGUCUAGAUGACAUUUAUGGUCCACUUAAGGCACGCGGCAUGUUUGUAGCCACCGAACGAACUGAGGGUGUCUCGACCUCAGAUAUUGUGGCACGAAUUGUCAAGGAUUAUGAUCUGUAUGUGCGCCGUAAUCUGGCCAGAGGGUAUUCGGCCAAGGAGUUGAAUGUAUCUUUCCUUUCGGAGAAGAAGUUCCGUUUGCAAAACAAAAUGGAUGAGCUGAAGUCGCGCGGCAAACGUGAAUUGACCAAGGUUAAGGGUGACAUAAUUACCAAAUGGGAGGAGAAGUCGCGCGAAUUCAUUGAUACGUUCCUAUUGCUUUUUGGACGCGAGCGUCUUAAUCAUCUUUGGAACGAAUCAAAGGGUAAAAUCAUUCAGGCCCUAAGCCCACCCGGUAGCCCCUCGGGCUCUGUUAAUGGUGAUGAUCUCGAGGCGGCCGAUGAUGGUGAUAAUGGUGAUUCGAGUGAUGAAUAUUUAGAACUGCCACCAGAAUAUAAUACCACUGGCACCACGGGAUCUGGGCCGGGCAGCAGUACUUCGCUGAAUGUUAAACAACUGGCACGUCGCAGUUAUCAGAGUAGUUAUGUGGCGACAGAUGGAAAUGAUGAUGAUGAUGACGAUGAAGAUGAGGAUAACGAUAAUAAUGAUAAUGAUAACGAUGAUGUAGAGUAUGAGAGGCGCAGCAAUUGAGGCGAUUGAUUCAUCAAUUUUCACUUUCUCUCUAUCUUACUAUAUCUAUAUGUAUCUGUAUCUAUAUCUUUAUCUGCAUCUAUCUAUCUAGCUCUUACCACUCUUUACCUCUAAUUCACUCUCAAAAUGCUAUUGUAAAUUAAUAUGUUUGUUAAAGGAAAAAAGAUGAUAGAACUAUAUUAUAAUUAGUCUAAAUGGGGUUAAACAAUAACAGAAACACCAACAAAAGAUAUCUAAAUUAGCGAAAUAGACAAAUAGAGCCACAGGAAAAGAUUUAAACACACAAAAUUAUUAAUGCAAAACAAAGAAAAAACGAAAAGAAAUUUGCAUCAAACAUUUAUUUGUGCCUUUUCAAGAUCUUACAUAAUACCACCAGAGUUUUAAGAAUAAUUUUGUUUUUUUUUUGUUAAAUUCCUAUACAAACAUACAUAAACAUAAAAUAAUGCGAAAUUUCGCAAUUUUAAAGGAGGCCAAAUUGUGCUAGCACCUAUUCCCCGCUACUCCAGUUUACCCCUAUCCUAUCCUAUACACAACAACAAUCAAUUCGCAUGAAUACUAUUUACAUCUAGUUCUAUAAAAUAGUAUUUUGUAAACUUGGUAGACUUAGCUUUAGACAGCACUUGCGUGCCAAUUUCUCUAUCAUUCGAGUCACGUCACUUUUCACCAGUAGCAAAUUGAUUUUAGCCAAAAAGAAAAAAGUGGAGAAACGCGCAAAAACUCAAUCCCAUUCAAAAAAGAAAAGCAAAAGAUAAAGAAAUUCAAGUAAAUGAUAUACAUAUAUAUACAUACAUAUAUACAAACAAACAAACAAAAAAUUAACAUAGAAAAAGACUCAUUUUUGUAUUAAGCAUUAAAAGUAUAACACACAAAUGUGGGCAUGAAAGAAAUGUUGAAAGAAAGGAAAAAACAUACUACCGAAAAAUUAAUAUAUAGAAAUAUUUAUAUUAAAUUAUUUCGCAUCAAACAUUUUAACUAUAAGUUAAAGAACAAAAACAACAAAAUAUACCCAUACACACACACACACACACACAUGGCAAUAUGUGAAUUGUAUUGCAACAAAAAUGCUUUGUUAAAUGAUUUUUUGGUAAUAUAAAAAUGGAAUAAACAAAUGAAAGAAACGUAAAA